CUGAUACUUCUAAGUAACUUGCCUAAGGUCGCACAACUAGUCAAGGCUCUAGCUUCAGUGUGCGCGAUGCAAGGAACAUGGGAUUGCUUAUGAAAUAUUCACACUUGGUGUCAGAGACUCACUGCCACUUUCCCCCAUUUUACUCUCUAAAUCUGUAAUUCAAAGGCUAAAAUAUGUAUUGGAGUAGGAUUGAAAUUCAACAUAGUUUUGAGUCCAUGUAGAUUAGGCAUUUGGAGUGUAGGAAACUCCUGCUUUCUCUGUUUCCCUAAAAUAAACGCACGUGGGCAUGUGUGUGUAAAUACACACACACACACAUCCAUACACCUAUUCCUCUGUAACAAGUAUUAGUGCUUACUCUAUGCUGGGCAUUGUUCUGGACUCCAGUGAUACAAUAAUGAACAAAAUAGAUUCAGUUCCUAAGUUAUGAAGAGCUUAGUUCUGAAGAAGGAAGAUGGAUAUUUAAAAAUUCAAGCCACAAAUGAAGAUCAUGAUGAGCAUUUUGGUGUGAUGAGAGAAAAAAGGACACACACACACACACACACACACACACACACAUCCUUACAUGGGCAGACCUGCCAUACACAUCUCGAUGUAUCACAGACUGUCUAUUCAUAGAACAGUAGAUUUUCUGGAAAUAUUUUUGGUCUCAACUUUGACCUUUGAGGUAAGGUUUAGUAGAACAGGCCUGACAUACAGCAGACUUUUUUGUAUUGGAAAAUUGCAUUCUUAGGAAUUUCUUUCUGGAUGCCGAAAUUCAUUACCUUGAAAUUUUAUGAAUUCUGUGUGGCUGAAAGUUCUGAGAAUGCUUGAGAAACUACUGGAAGCAGAAUCCUCAAGAUGCAUCGUAUAGAACUACUCUUGACACUUUUGGCACUUAUGUUUACAAGAACCUCAGAAACUUGUACUUCACGUUUUAACAUCACCGCAGUCAGAGGGGAACCUUUCUAUCUGAGAUAUUGCUCAUCAGCAUCUGAGCCCAAGAAUGAAACAGCCGUCAUAAAAUGGUACAAGAGCAAUGGAUCACAGGGGCGCAUUGAGCUAAACUCAAGCAGUUCACCCAGAAUUUCUCUGCAUGAUUAUGUCUUGGAGUUUUGGCCAGCUGAGCUGGAGGACAGUGGAUCUUACUUUUUCCAAAUGGGACAUGAUACGCAUGAAUGGAAAUUAAAUGUCAUUGGAAAAAGUAAACACAGCUGUUUUGCUGAAAAACAACUAAUUAGUAAAACUGUGGAAGUUCAAAAAUCUUUGCAUGUAAACUGUAAACAAAACACAUACUAUUCAAAACUGGCCAAUAGAACAUCACUGUAUAAGAACUGUGAAGAGAUGGAGAACAAUAAAAACCCAGUUUUACAGAAGAAUGCGGAGUUUAGAGAUCAGGGAUAUUACACCUGUGUGUUUUUCAUUCAUCAUAAUGGAAAACUAUUUAAUGUCACCAAAACCUUCAAUGUAACAAUAGUUGGAGAUCGCAGCAAAAUAAUUCCUGUUCUUCUUGGACCAAAGCUUAACUAUGUGAAGGUGGAAUUAGGAAAAGAUGUAGAACUCAACUGCUCUGCUUUGGUGAAUGAAAAGGAUGCAGUUUAUUGGAACGUGUGGGAAGAAAAUGGAAAGGAACCUAAUGUACAUGAAGAGAACAUAACAAGAACUAGGACUCCAGAUGGCAAAUUGUAUGCAUCAAUAAUACUGAGAAUUGAGAAUAUUAAUGAAAAAAAUCUUAAGUUUUCAUAUAGUUGUGCUGUGGCCAGCGAGGGAGGCACAGACACCAUGAACUUUGUCUUGUUGAAAAAAGAAGAGAUGGUUGAUAUCCCAGGCUACGUCUUCACCAGAGGAAUGAUCAUAGCUGUUUUGAUCUCAGUGGUAGCUGUGUUCCUAGUGAUUAUGGGUGUCAUUUAUAGAGUUGACUUGGCCCUAUUUUAUAGACAUUUCAUGGGAAAAGAUGAAACGUUAACAGAUGGAAAGACAUAUGAUGCUUUUGUGUCUUACCUAAAAGAAUGUGGACCCGAGAAUGGAGAGGAGCACACCUUUGCCGUGGAGAUUUUGCCCGGGGUGUUGGAGAAACACUUUGGGUAUAAAUUAUGCAUAUUUGAAAGGGAUGUCGUGCCUGGAGGAGCUGUUGUUGAUGAAAUCCACUCAUUGAUAGAAAAAAGUCGAAGACUGAUCAUCGUCCUAAGUAAAAGCUACAUGUCUAAUGAAGUCAGGUACGAACUUGAAAGUGGACUCCAUGAAGCGCUGGUAGAAAGGAAAAUUAAAAUCAUCUUAAUUGAAUUUACACCUGUCAGUGACUUCACAUUCUUCCCCGAAUCACUACAGCUUUUGAAAUCUCACAGAGUUCUGAAAUGGAAUGCUGAUAAACCUCCGUCGUAUAACUCAAGGUUCUGGAAAAAUCUUCUUUAUCUGAUGCCUGCAAAAAUGGUCAAGCCAUGCGGAGCUGAAUCUGAAGUCUUACCUGUUCUUUCGCGGUCCUGACCAUUAGGAAAGCUGAAUAUAAGAAAGAACUCUUGGCACUCUGGGCCCGGAGUGGAUGAGCCUGUUUUUAACAAAGGGCACUAUUAAAAAUAUUUACCUCUCUGAAAAUCCUACUUAGAGUUUGAAGAUGACAGUCGUCAUUAUGUUGCCAGGGGUAAGACUGAAGACUGAGCCUUGGUCAUGUGCUCCCAGAGGAACCUGGGAUUCCAAAGAAAUGCAUCUCCUGUUUCUCCCUCCUCAAUAAAUGGCCCCAGUGCUCAUUCUCAAUCCACGUUCAGCAACUGUGAGGCUGAUAUGCCUUAUAAAAAGGGCACAUCUUUACGUUUUUAAUGCUAUUGAUUGAAUUAAAGGAUUGUAAGUUCAUGAAGUGGCAUUUUCUAUGAUCCAGUAGGUGAUGUAAUAGCGGGAACAGUACCUUCACACUCCCACAGUGCAGCCUACCUCUAAGCACCAUGGAUAGUGCCUGGGAUGUGGUGGAGAGCUGGUGGGGCUGUGUGCAUCGGGGACCGAGGUGUGACAGGGCCUCAGCCUCAGGACACGUUUAAUGUGUCCCGGCCACAGCUACAGACCCACAGUUGUCGGGACCCCCCUGAAGCACUGCACAGGACUUGCUUAAUUGGGCCUAUUUGGAGGGAACUUCCCCAAACUGUUUUAUCUUUCAUGAGAGGCACACAUUUGAAUUAAGAUAAUUCUCUGGGUUUUUCAAAAAUGGUCUAAAACAUUUGUUGAUUUAACAGGAAUGUUUAUAGAUAAGACAGGUGCCAGAUCAUAUCAUCCAUAUUAGCCAUUAGUCACUAUUAUCCAUUAGCCACAGCAAAAUAUGAUAGUUACUGACUUGAUUUGUAAAAAAAAAAAUGACAUAUUUAAAAUGCCUCCAACGUGGAGGCAGCAUGGCGUGGUGUUUGAGCAUGAGCCAUACAGUCAAGACACUUGAGUUCGAAUCCUGGGCUUGCUACUUACUUCGGGGACCCCUGGAGCCUUUUGAACCAAUCUGCGCCUCCAUUUCCUCAUCUGUAAAUUUAGAAUUUAUAGUAAUUGUACCUACUUCACAGGGGAACUAACUAAAUAAAUAUAAAUAAAGUACAACAGUUCUUGGCACAGACUUAAUAGUAUAUGUGUGGCUAUUACUACUUUACUAUUAAUUGCUACUAUUAAUUGUUAGAUGAGUUAUUUAGCAGUGAACUAAAAUGGAAGGCAGAGAGCAGGAAAAGGAGAGAGACCUGGAAGGAAGGCAGUUUUGACUUGAGGACAUUUGUAUAUAGAGAGAAGCAUAUGGGAGAAGCAUAUCAAUAGGGUGAAAGGUAUUUCUCCAUUAGACAUGUGAAACUUUUGGCAUUGGGAGACAUGUGUCUCUCACUCUAAGGUGAGCCCAGCACUGUAGGCUUUUUUGCUGGCCUCAGCAGUCAUGGCUGUCCAUGGAAAUCACUGAGUGAGUGGCGAAUAUCCACCUUACACAGAAAGGAAAGAGUUGGGUUAAAUCUGGAAGCCUGGUUAGAAUAUAUGGGGUGCAAGGUGAAUGUUCCAGAAAGAUUUAAAGCAGAGACUGUUAAAAACAGUUGUAGUAGAUACUGCUGGAAAUUAAAAAAUUGAGAUUUUGUUAGAUUUUUGAUGUGAGAAAGUGAUUUACUUUUGUAGAGCUUAAAAUUUUGUGUGCUAGUUGGGUGGCUUAAAAAGUAAAAGAAUUUAUUACUAACUUAAUGUUUUAUGUGUGAAAACAUAUGGUCUAGAGAAAUUGUAUUGCUAUCAUUGGAGUCUCUAAUACAUGGACUGAUUUUGCUCUUCUCUCUUAUUGUGUGUGCUAUAAAAUACGUUAAGUGUAUUUUGCAUUGUGUUACAUACAUAUAUUAAAUGUAUGCCUUACAAGAUAUUAAUAAACCAUUGGUCUAGUGCUCUCAA